AUGGGUUGUACGAUCAGCGCCGAGGAUAAAGCUGCCAUGGAAAGGAGUAAAAUGAUAGAUCGUAACCUACGAGAAGCUGGUGAAAAGGCGUCAAGUGAAGUCAAACUGUUGCUCCUCGGUGCUGGUGAGUCUGGAAAGAGUACCAUAGUGAAACAGAUGAAGAUCAUCCAUGAGGAUGGAUACUCUCAGGAAGAGUGCAGCCAGUACAGGGUGGUGGUCUACAGCAACACCAUCCAGUCCAUUAUCGCUAUCAUCAGGGCCAUGGGGAGGCUGACCAUAGACUUUGAGAACUCAGCACGAUCAGACGAUGCCCGUCAGCUCUUUGCACUGGCCAGCUCUGCCGAGGAAGGGGUCAUGACCCCUGACCUGGCAGGGAUUAUCAGAAGGCUAUGGCAGGACAAUGGUGUCCAGACGUGCUUUAACAGGUCCAGAGAGUACCAGCUCAACGACUCCGCCUCCUAUUACCUGAACGACCUGGACAGGAUAUCACAACAGAACUACAUCCCUACUCAGCAGGACGUCCUCCGGACCAGAGUGAAGACCACAGGCAUAGUGGAGACACACUUCACGUUCAAAGACUUGUACUUUAAGAUGUUCGACGUGGGCGGUCAGCGGUCCGAGAGGAAGAAGUGGAUCCACUGCUUUGAGGGAGUCACGGCCAUCAUCUUCUGUGUGGCGCUCAGUGACUAUGACCUGGUCCUGGCCGAGGACGAGGAGAUGAACCGUAUGCACGAGAGCAUGAAGCUGUUUGACUCCAUCUGCAACAACAAGUGGUUUACAUACACCUCCAUCAUCCUCUUCCUCAACAAGAAGGACCUGUUUGAGGACAAGAUCCAUAAAAGCCCACUCACCAUCUGCUACCCGGAGUACUCAGGUGAAAACACAUACAAGGACGCCUCUGUUUAUAUCCAGUGUCAGUUUGAGGACAUGAACAAGAAGAAAGACUCCAAGGAGAUCUACACUCACUUCACCUGCGCCACCGACACCAAGAAUGUGCAGUUUGUCUUUGAUGCCGUCACUGACGUCAUCAUCAAGAACAACCUGAAGGAGGUGGGUCUGUACUGACACCGCUGCACCUGUCUGGAAUAUUCCGUCGUUAGAAACAUCUUGCUAUGCAUUUGCAUGGACAGUAUAAAGCCCGACUCACGUAAAACAAGUUUGACUCUAUGAUAGUUUACAACAUCCGUUUCCAUAAAAUGUUACUCGAAAACACUUAAACGUUAUAAACAUAAUGGACUUUCAGCGUUCCAAAUUGUCAGUUGUAGACCAACUGUGUCACAUGUAUGUGGAUCAGGCUUUCACCUGUCAUUAUAACUCAUUGGGAGAGGCUAGCAUCAGACCUACCCAUGUUUGCUAGACAAAGGAACGAGGAUAUGUCAAACCUUUUGUGGUCCUGCAGUACUUGUCCAAAUGUGGCUGUCAUUGAUUAUAGUGGAUUUAUCUGUCUUAUGUUUCUGAUUUAUAUGCAAUGCAAAUUUAGUUAAAAUGGCACUUUCCUGACUAUUAUUUUCCAUUUAUGUAAGGGAAUACCACAGGUGUUACCAAGCCUCCAUUUCAAGCGUUGAAUCCAUUCCAAGUAUUAUGUUUUCUAUUAAACUUAAAGGUGCUACACAGACAAUAUACUUGCGAAAUACUCAAGUAUUCUCUAAUCUUAACUGUGGUCCUAAAUAAAAAUAUGUUCAAACAUAAUACCAAACAAUACCUAAAGCUUUUCUGCCCUGGUCAGCCAUCGUAUAAUCCUCA